CAUACGCCGGCUUACGAAAUCUCACUCCCACUCCCACCAAGUCCACCGCUAAUCUCUUCGUCAUCCUUCCCCUGUCGUCGUUGAAGUCCAGCUACAGUAUUCUUUAGCGGACAUGUACUAAUUUAGUACUCUUUGAUGCAGAUCUUUGUAUGAAUUUUGUUCUAAUCUUCAUGUAUUUGUACAUCGAACGAUUUGUCGGGUACCAUUUAAGGUUUUUAGGUUGACUGAUUGAGGUGCUUAAAAGCACGGCGGAGGUUUUUAUGUGCUCCAUGCAUGCUUGCAUUGGAAUUGAGUAUUGUCAUGGUGAUUGCUGAGACGAAGUUUUGCUCGGUGAAAAUUUUCUAGCUUGAAUGAGAGGGGUUUUCGGUGAUUCUCCUCGUCCUGUGGAGGGCAGGCACAGGCCCGCUUUGAAUUUUGAUGAUGCAAGCAAAAGAAGGCACAGAGGUCGGGAUUUCAAAGAUGCGAGCAAGUUCGUAGUGCCCUAUCAUGAGAGGAGCUUAUGCCGCAGGCUCCGCUCACUGAAACCUAUCCUAUUAAUGAUUUUAUGUGGUACUUUUUUAACAUUUAUCUUUGCUCCAGUGGCUUACAAUGAGCACUCCCCACAUUUGUCAUCAAGGUCCAAAUUUUUUGAUGUUGGCUGGAUAUGGGAAAGGCAUAUUUCUGAUUCUCGAUAUCUAUCCAAUUUGAACAUUAACUGGACCCAAAUUUCAAAAGCAGUCACAAAACUUGACGGCAGGAAACAAAAAUUGAGUGUUGGCCUUCUAAAUUUCAACAUCACUGAGAUCAACUCAUGGCAGCAACUAUUACCACGUGCCGAGUUAAUUCCUCUUCUUCUCGAUACUGCGAAGCCCAACCUAACCUGGGAGGAUCUAUAUCCCGAAUGGAUCGACGAGGAAGAAGAAUUCGAAGUUCCUACUUGUGUGCAUCUCCCUGAUCCUACAGUAGCAAGUAGUACACUAUUUGACCUUAUUGCUGUCAAACUUCCUUGCAAUAAAAUGUCUAAAAAUUGGUCGAGAGAUGUCGCGCGAUUUCACUUACAGCUCGUUGCUGCUAAAUUGGCUUCUCAACAGCUACAGACUCAUGUAAUCCUUCUCACUGACUGCUUUCCCAUCCCUAAUCUUUUCUCUUGCAAGAAUUUGAUUCUACGUGAUGGAAAUGCUUGGCUUUUCAAUCCCGAUCCUAUAAAUCUCAGAGAAAAGCUCCAGCUUCCUGUUGGUUCCUGCAAACUAGCCGUUCCACUUAAAACACAUGCGAGGCGCUAUUUGGAAUCAGGUCGCCAGCGCGAAGCAUACGCCACAAUACUUCACUCGGCGCAUAUUUACGUUUGCGGAGCCAUUGUUGCAGCUCAAAGCAUCCGUUUGGCCGGCUCUACACGAGACCUAGUCAUACUUGUUGACGAAACAAUCAGCAGCCAUCACCGAGACGGCCUCGAGGAAGCCGGUUGGAAGGUGAGAACAAUCCAAAGGAUUCGAAAUCCCAAGGCAGAGCGCGAUGCAUAUAAUGAAUGGAAUUACAGCAAAUUCCGGCUUUGGCAAUUGACUGAGUAUGACAAGAUCAUCUUCAUUGACGCCGACCUCCUCAUCCUCCGGAACAUCGAUUUCCUCUUUGCGAUGCCCGAAAUCACCGCCAUAGGCAACAAUGCAACGCUCUUCAAUUCAGGCGUAAUGGUUAUCGAACCAUCAAAUUGCACAUUUGAUCUGCUGAUGGAUCAUAUCAACGAGAUUGAAUCUUACAACGGUGGAGAUCAAGGCUACUUGAAUGAAAUCUUUACAUGGUGGCACCGAAUGCCGAAGCACAUGAACUUCUUGAAGCAUUUCUGGGUGGGCGACGAGGAGGACAUCAAGCAGAAGAAGAUAAGAUUGUUUGGAGCCGAGCCGCCGGUUCUUUAUGUUCUACACUACCUUGGGCUGAAGCCAUGGUUGUGCUUUCGGGACUAUGACUGUAACUGGAAUGUUGAGAUUCUGCAGGAGUUUGCGAGCGAUGUGGCGCAUGCUAGGUGGUGGGGAGUGCACGAUACGAUGUCGGUGAAGCUGCAGAGGUAUUGUCUUUUGAGAUCGAAGCAGAAGGCGGCGUUAGAGUGGGAUCGAAGGCAGGCGGAGAAGGGUGAGUUUGUGGAUGGGCAUUGGAAGAAGAAGAUAAGAGAUCCAAGGCUUCAUAUCUGCUUUCAGGAGUUCUGUUUCUGGGAGAGUAUGUUGUGGCAUUGGGGAGAGAAGAACUGGACUGAUAAUAGCUCAUCAGUUGCUAAUGCUUGGCCUGCUGCUGCUCUUCCCAGUUAGUAGAAUCCUUACUUAUUUUAUUUUUUUUAAAUUUAUUUAUUUUUGAUAAAUUUAAUUCUGUAGUUGAACAAAUUU